AUGUGGGUUUCUAUCUUUGCUCCUCUCGUUUCACGCGCGUACACUCAACAUUCACAUUCGGUACAUUUCCAUAAGCUUUCAAAAUUAGGUGAUGACAAUCUUCGUUAUCGUGAGAAGCAAAAUUUAAACACUAAAUUUAUUAUUGCAAACUAUUGA